GCCAAUCGGGAGGCGGGAAGAACGCGCGGCCCUGGCAGCCUGGGAAGGGUUAAAGGGGCGCGCCAGUGGGUCGCGGACUGGCCGGUCGCUCCCGCCUCCUUCCGUCGGAUCCGCACUCUCCCGCGGCUGCGCCGGCCCGGCCCGGGAGACAAAGCGCUGCCGCCGCCGUCGCCGCCACUGGGCCAGUCCCGGACCAUGGACGGGCCAUCCCCCGGCCUCGCGCCUCCCGUCCCGUCGCCGCCCUAGGCCUGCGCUGCGAGCCUGUGCCUGCCACACCCUCCUCCCCAUGCCCACUGCUGGGGGACACUGAGGGCAGCUGGAUUCAGCCCCAAGACCUGCGGUUCUGGCUUCUUUCAUUGAAAUGUAGAAAUGGAGACCCAGAGAGGUUAAUAGCCUGCCUGGAGUCCCCCAGCCCUGAUGCUGCAGAGCUGACAUUUGGAUCCAGAGGAGCGCGAGCUGAGGCUGGAGCUGAGCAGAGGGCAGGGAGGUGAGCGGUGGCCUGAGAGCUGUGAGCCCAUGGGCUGGCCGCUUCCAUCCUGUGAGCUCAGUUUCCUCAUCUGUUAAACGAGGAUGUAGAGUGGCUGCAAGGUCCCCUCGGGGCCCUGGGUGACCUAGCCUUAUGCGUAACAGCCGUUCCGUGGGCGGCAGGUCCCGGGCUCCCCUCCAGGCCUCGCGAUUGCCGCCAUGAAGCUGAACGAGCGCAGCCUGGCUUUCUAUGCCACCUGCGACGCCCCGGUGGACAACGCGGGCUUCCUGUACAAGAAGGGCGGGCGGCACGCGGCCUACCACCGGCGCUGGUUCGUGCUGCGCGGGAACAUGCUCUUCUACUUCGAGGACGCGGCCAGCCGUGAGCCCGUGGGCGUCAUCAUCCUGGAGGGCUGCACCGUGGAGCUGGUGGAGGCCGCCGAGGAGUUCGCCUUUGCCGUGCGCUUCGCGGGGACUCGGGCACGCACGUACGUGCUGGCGGCUGAGAGCCAGGCCGCCAUGGAGGGCUGGGUCAAGGCUCUGUCGCGGGCCAGCUUUGACUACCUGCGGCUGGUGGUGCGCGAGCUGGAGCAGCAGCUGGCGGCCGUGCGCGGCGCGAGUGGCCCGGCCCUGCCCCUGCCCCAGCCCCUGCCUCAUCCCCUGUCCCCAACCCCAGCCCUGCCCUCUGCCCCGGCCCUGGCCCCGCCCCUGCCCCGCUGGCCCAGCGCCCUCCCGCCCAAGGAAAAUGGCUGUGCUGUCUGGAGCACCGAGCCCCCUCCACCACCGCCUCGCCGCAGGACUUCUGCACCCCAUGGGCCCCUGGACUUGGCGCCUUUCGCCCGGCUGCACGAGUGCUAUGGCCAGGAGAUCCGGGCCCUGCGUGGCCAGUGGCUCAGCAGCCGGGUCCAGCCCUGAGGCCACCAGGGCGCCUAUUUUAGGGAGACGCUAGCCCCACGCCCUCUGGGACAGGCCGGGUCCUGGAGAGACUGGGGAGCGUGGUCCUCAGGGAAACUGUGGGCAAGGCUGGCCACCAGGCCCUGAGUGGCCUGGUUUGGGGGAUGCAGGUUCUGAGAAGAUGCUAGAUUCUGAGUGGGCCUUUAGGACCAUGUGACUUAGACACCUAGCCUUGAGGGGAUGUCAGGCCCCAUGCUAAGGAGAAUCCAGGGCCUGAGGGGGAGUUUUCCUGAGAACUCUGGCCCCAGGCCAGCCCGAGCUGCCCGGCAGGGGCCUUUGCUGGCAACAGGUCUUGCUGGGCCUGCAGCUCAGAGGGUCACUGGGACCCUGACCAGGGCCUUGUGGUGGACAGAGAGAGGCUCCGUUGUGGCAGCCACAUCUGGGUCUGGCCUUGCUCCAGGGCCUGCCAGAGGAACUAGCCUGGCUCUGUGCCCGCUGUCUCCAGGAGCAGGGCAGUGGCUCGGAAGGUGGUGACUGGGGACACAGGCCCAGGUGUUAGUGCAGGACCAGUAGGAUGAGGUGGCCUGGUCCCCUGGGCUCCUGGCCGCAGCGGCUCUCUGACCACGGGCCCGGUCUGUGUCCCUGGGGUGGGGCCCUCACAGUGCUCUCUGGACACUCCUUGACUGCAUCCUGCAGUCUUAGCCCCCGAGCCUGGGGCCCCUUGGGAGCUCGCCUGACCUCCCUCCCUGGGCUGGGCAGCCAUGGCCUGAGGUGACUUUCUAGCAGGAUCCCCCAGGGAGGGGAGGCCACCAGCUGACUCACCACCCAGGAAGGCCCAGGUGCUGACCUAGUGGCAGAGAAAAAAACACCACACACCAAGCGUGGCUUCCAGAGCCCCUCUUCAGCUCCAGGCAGUCCCCUCCCCCAUGCCCCUCUUGAGCUCAGCCCCCACCCUCAUACCCCCAGCGGGGACCGGGUCUUGCCUGGCUUCGAGGCUGUCCGCCGGUACCUUCUUCUCACCACAGUGCCCAUUCUUCAUUCGAGGAGAACCCUGGGGCUGGGACACCCCUGGCCCUCACCCUGGGUCAUGUUUACAGUCCUCAGUGCCCCACACUGGGGACCCCCUGAGGAUACCUCCACCCUGACCUUGAUUUCCCCAAAUGCUGCCUCUUAGGGACAGACUCAGCCUCUUCUCUCUUUGGAGACCCUGGGGCUUGGGGAAAUUUGGAAGGGGGUGUGUCUGCAAUCAAGGCCUCUCCAGCUCACGGCUGGCCCGUUGGGCUGGGACCUCAGUUUGAAUUUUACUUUUAAAUACUUAACGGUACAUUUUUUUCCUCUGGCAACAAAGCUUGAUGUUUUCACUGCUUUAGUUUCCUGUUUGCUCGUGGGAGGGGAUGGGGUCUGUGACUCUGGACUUGGCCUGGGGGGUACAGUUGUCACUGCCCCUGUGGAGAGGGGCAGCUUGGGUUGGAGAAGCACAGCCAGAGAUGAGAGCCCCUCGAGAGGGAGCCUUGGCUGCUUCAUUGUCUUUCCCCUAGCAAGCCCUGCUCUCUUCUGCGGGUACCUCUGGGGUCUUGGUACGGUCCCUGCUCACCUCCUUCCAGAGUCCUGAAUGGUGUGGGUGUGGGUGGCAUAGGCUCUGGGGCUCGGGAGGGCUUCGGAGCUGCCCAGAGCCCUGUGUCCUGGCAGACUCAGCUGGUGGGGUGAGGCGUUAACCCCAGUCCUGGCAUAGGUUUACAGAUUCUCAAGGUACGCUGGCCUUGGUCUCCUGGGAGACAUGGGUGGGGGAUGUCCCCUACCAAAGCACAAGGUGGGGUCCGGCUGCCUCCCAGAUGGGGUGUUGGGGGAGCGGUCCGGCUGCCUGGGAGGGAGAUGCAAGGGCUACAAUAAAAUUUUGUCAAUUAA